GGGUUGGACUCAGCUAGUGAGGUCGCAUGAAUCUGUCUUCCGAUCUCAUUAACUUCGGGAUCCACCGUUCGUCGUCGUCCAAAGUGCCGUUUUUCGAACCAGGGCGGCGGUGGGAGCGAGGGGUGAAGGCAUCCCUGGUGACUGCCUAUUUUUGGUGGAUUAUGACGAACAGUGGAGAAAAGGACACGUCUCAAGCAAAUACAUACUCUGAUGCGCGACGAUCAACGGGAACGCGGUCAUCACCACCCUCACGGCCCGGCUUCUCGCGCUCUCCUGGCCGCUUGGACCUUUUCGGUGACCCAGCGAUGGCGUCCAUGUUGAAGCUCCCUUGGAAUCUUCGAAGCUUCGAUAUCUUGACAGUCCCGGACUUUCCGGUCGCCCGCUUCAAGCUAGAAGACCGCUGCAGGAUUCUAGAAACCCGAAAUCACGUUAAUCUUGCCAUUGCGGGAGCAUAA